AUGGCUGAGCUCAAAGGAACGCCGACUCUCCAUGAGCUAAAGUCGUAUGGCAUGCUUGCGACCUCAGCCGUAUUUCUAGCCUUGUCUGCCAUCACAGUGGUUGCUAGAGUAUACGUCAGAGGUUGGAUGAUUCGGUCGUUCGGAUGGGAUGAUUGGCUUAUGAUGGUGACUUGGGCCUUGUUCGCCAUGACAACCUCAUUACUCAUAAGCAUUGCGAGAUCAGAGAUAGUUCCUCCUGGUGUUGCGAAUCCAGACACCGUUGAUGGCAUCUUGACAGUAUGUUGCUCGGGAUCCUUCUCAUACUACACCUCUAACCACACUCCUAGNUUGGUCGUUUGCAUCUUUGGUCUCUACAUCCUGACAACCAUCAUCUUCAAGCUCAGUCUAGCGGUCUUUUUUCUUCGUGUUGUCAACCAACGGUGGCAGCGUCAGGUCAUCAUUGGCUCGGUGACACUAUACACUCUNUUUGGAACUGCCUGGCUCUUCAUUGCCAUCUUCCAAUGCGGCAACCCAGGAGACUAUGGCAAGAACGAGACGGAAGGAAAGUGCUUGCCCUUCCAGACCGUCCUGCGACCUCUCAACUACACCCAUGGAGUACUCAACGCUGUCACCGAUUGGAUCUUUGCAAUCAUCCCCAUCUUCGUCGUCCGAUCUGCACAAAUGCACAAACAACAAAAGAUCACCGUAUGCACCAUCCUCGGCUUGGGAGUGCUGGGCAGCAUCUGCUCCAUCGUGCGUCUCGCCUACGUCGAUGUCAUCGGUGUCCAAAUGCAAGACCUGCUCGUGUCCGCCCCCAACUACGCAAUCGUCUCCAUCGUCGAACUCGGACUCGGUAUCACCGCCGCCUGCCUCGCAACCUUGCGUCCUUUAUUCGCCUUUUGGUUCGACAAAGCACGAACAGGCUUCUCCACCUCGCGCAGCAGGACUCCCAGAAGCACUCCUAUGGCGUUGGAUGGCAGUAAAGGUGUUUCUGGGUCGUAUGUCACUUCUGGACAUAACUUGGGACAGCUUGUCAAGGAUGAUGGUGUUGUUACUGUGACUAGGGAGUUGCAGAUUUUUAGGGAUAGGCCGAGUACGGCUGGAGAAACUUUGGAGUUGCAUGCUAUGGGUCCGGCGUCGCAACAUCAAGCUCGCUCUGGCCAUCGGUUACGGAGUGAGUCUAGUGAAGAGUCUUUGUUGGAAGUUGUUUAA